AUGACGAACUACUGUCUAACCCACUCUAGGAUUUUGGGCAACUGGCCCUGGGAAAUUGAGGCCUUGCAUGCCAAGUUUGGUGAUAUCGUCCGGAUUGGUCCAAAUGAACUCUCUUGCUCACAUCCACAAUCCAUCAAGGACAUUUACGGACAAUCAAACAUCAAUCACCCCCAGUUUUUCCGAAAGUAUUCUACAUUUUAUAAACAAACCGAUGUAGGCGGUUCCAUCGGCACUGAAGUUGACCCCUAUGUGCAUCAAGGUAUUAGAAAACGCCUUUCCCCAGGCUUCAGUUCUUCUGCUCUUCGGAAACAAAGCGACAUUAUUAUACGGCAUAUCGAUUCUCUCCUAUAUCAAGUUCAAAAGCAUGGCAAUGCGCAUGAGGGAAUGAACAUGAGCCAAUGGUUCAUGUGGCUUGCAUUUGAUGUCAUUGUGGACCUUUCCUUUGGGGAAACUCUUGGUACGGUUGAAAUGGGCAAUGGAAACGACUGGAUAAACAUGCUCGCUAACAGCGGUUUCCAAAUCGCAUUAAGUUAUGUCGUUCGUCGACGAUGGAAAGCUCUUCAGGACUUCGUCAGAUAUUGCCUAGCGAAUGAGCAGAGCAAAAAGAUGCGUAACAACUACAUUGCCAAUUCUCGGGAGAAGGCCAACAACAGGCUUCAAAGGGGUGCAGAUGUUGAGCGGUUCGACUUCUUCAGUCAUUUGUUGCGCGAAAAAGCUCCGGAAGCCAACAUUGAAUUUUUUGCCUCACAGGGCACCACGUUAGUAGCGGCUGGCACUGAAACAACCUCCACUUUCAUGUCUGCGCUUACCUACUAUCUGCUUCAGAACCCUCGAUCCUUGGGGCGGCUCAGAGAUGAGCUCCGCUGUACCUUCAAGCAACACAGCGAGAUUGAUGGCGAAUCAACCAAGUCGUUGAGAUAUCUCAACGCCGUUAUCGAAGAAGGCAUGCGUGUAUUUGCUCCUGCCCCUUUUGGUCUACCUAGAGUAAGUCCGGGCGCUAAAGUUACCGGGGAAUGGAUUCCUGAAGGGACUGUAAUUGCCACUGCUGCACAUGUUACUGCCCGUGAUGAGAGAUGGUUUUACAAAGCUAAAGAAUUCCAUCCGGAAAGGUGGCUUCCUUCUAGUCAUCCUUACUACGACACUGCUUUUGACGGAGACCACAAAGAGGCUUCAAAGCCUUUUUCCAUCGGUUCACGGUCUUGUAUUGGCAUUCAUCUAUCAUAUAUGGAAGUGCGAAUAUGUGUUUCAAAGCUAGUAUGGAGUUUUCAUUGGGAACAAGUCAAUACUAACGAGAAUUUUGUACGGGAUGCGCGACUAUUGGGACUGUGGAAAGCAGCCCCCUUCCAUGUUCGCUAUCAUUCUGUUGGAGGGCUUUAA